AUGGCUGCCCAGCCCACGGAGCCCUUUCACUACAUGAUCUGGGGGAGGAACACUGGGGAUGCAAGGCAGUCGACGGACAGUAGACACUUGGCUGCUCUCCGAGACUACGCUGCAAGCCUUGCGACGGCACUUACCCCUGGCAUGGACGUUAUCAGCGUUCGUCUGCUUUUCUCGCCGCCGGGCUCUCCGGCUCAGCCCUUCCAUCUGGACUAUGCGCAGCAUUUUUCAGAGGUGCGCACAAUAUUUCUUUCUGCCUCUCCUUCGACAGCCUCGAACUGCACAGAAUGCCUCAUGUUUGGUGAGAUGAAUUCAGCAGUUGCAGCUCGCGCCCGCCAGUUCGCACGGAAAGGAAUGACAGUGGAUCUGUCAGAUCUGGCAUGUGCAGCCGACAUAAGGCCCAGUGUACAGUCUCUGGUGCUUGAUGCCUGGCAGAUGUGUAUCUUGCGCACUUCGCAUGUUUUCCAUCGUCGCAGUGCGAACCGGAGUGAUUUCACAAGGAUUACGUUCAAUGUGGAUGUCGCACGCUUGUGCGAGUGUCCCGAGUUCAUUGAUCUCGAUGCGCGCCGGUCUCUCGAUCACGAGCGUAUAUGUGGCCAAGACAUCGUGGACGACUUGGAUGAGCAGGACAUUUGCUUGCGUGGCCUGCCUUGA